AUGGAUACACGACCCCAGCCGCUUACUCAACUAGUCUCUCAUUUUAUUAACCGUUCCCGAAACAAUCAAUCCUCGGGAUGGACUAAGCUUUGGAACGAUGACAAGAGCGGUUUCUGGGACCGUAUGGGCCCAUCGCCCGCUCUCAUCGACUGGAUCGAGUCGCAGUCCGAAAUAUCGCAACCUUCUCCUAAUUGUCGACCAAUUGCCCUCAUCCCCGGCUGCGGGAAAGGCUACGAUGUUGUUAUGCUAGCUCUCCACGGUUUCGACGUAUAUGGCCUAGAGGUCUCACAGAAGGCUAUUCAAAUAGCGGAAGUCAAUGCGGCAGCCCAGUUUUGCGAGCCAUCUAGCUAUAACUUUGGCUCGCCAACAGCGAGCCGAGCAACCAAAUGCCGAGGUAAUGUGAAGUUCAUCCAAGGCGAUUUCUUCGAAACAGGCUGGGAAAAGCAGGUAGCGACCGAGGACUUUCAUGGCUUCGAUCUAAUCUAUGAUUAUACUUUUUUAUGUGCCCUCCCACCUGAUUUACGAAAGGACUGGGCUCGUCGCAUGUGCGAGCUUAUCUCCCCAGCCGGGGUACUUGCCUGCCUCGAGUUUCCAUUAUAUAAGGAUUUACGAGCUCUUGGUCCGCCUUGGGGAUUAGAAGGUGUUUAUUGGAACAUUCUAGCUGAAGGUGGCGAUGGUGUCAUCUCUGAAAAUUCAAUUCAAGAGACUGGGGCACUAAAGGGGCCGUUUAAAAGAGUGGUCUACUUCAAACCACCACGAUCGUAUGAGAAUGGGAAAGGCACUGAUAUGUUUAGCGUCUGGAAAUUGAAAGGCUAA